UAAAUAUUGGUUUCAUUUUGUCUAUAGUGAGUAAAACGCGAUCAGAAAAAUUGUGUUUCCGGUCGACGGUGAGGUUCCUCUAGCUACCGUCGAUCUGGAUUGUAUUUUUUUAUUAUCUAGUUUGCAUACGUUUGUUUUGGGUUCUGAUUAUCUUUGAUCGGCGUCCUAGAUACUGACUUUUUCGGUUUCGGAGGCACCUAACCUACGGUGGUGAUCGUCCGAUUUAUCUCUGGGAAGAGAAGGUUUUUAGUUUCUGCUUCUGCUUUGCCGGCUUAUGAUUCCGGGAGGCGGUGGCUUCUUCAGCACCGCUAUCGCUGGCUUUGGGUUUAUCCUGAUCUUUGCCAAUCUAUGAAUAUGUGUUUCAUCCGCUACUUGGCUUCUCGAUCUGAGAUCUGUGCUGCAUGCUGGUAUGUCGGUGAUGGAGGAUUGAUUGUAGGCGUUUAAUCUAUGGUAACUUCGUAGAUCGGGGUGGGUAUGAUUGCUCGUUGUUGAGCUUUAGGUUGAAGUUUCAUUGGUUGGGUAUGGGUUUAAAGUCAUCAGUGGUGUUUCCGGUAGUUCUGGAUGAGAUCUCGGGAUAGUUUUGAUGACGUUCUCCUUUGGAAAGAGUCCAGGCAGAAAGACGGGUGAGGUGGUCUCAAACUCCGGUUUGUUCCGGUGAAACUAAUGGUUGUUUUGUCUUCUACGGUGAUGUCUUGGUGUUUGGGUCAUGAUGUAGUGACCGGGUGACACAUAUCUCUGUGAGGCGGAGGUCUCAACAUGUGGGUGUCCAUGCGUUAUUGCAGGAUGCGUGGCGAUAUGUGAAACGGUUCGGUUUAGUAGUUUGGACUCAAAACCCAUUUGUUUUUCUUUAGUUUUGCCCUUUUUAAUUUUAGGUUUUCUGGCUAAUGUAUGUGGACUCUCCUUUUGGACUUAGUUCCUUUGAUAAAAACUAGUAAAUGGAAAAAAAAAGUUUAUAAGUUAUAUAUAUAUUUUUUGAUAAAAUUUAGUUUUAACUUUAGUUUUAAAUAAUAUUAAAGGACCAAUUAUUGUUUGUAAAGCGAAAAACAUUGAAAAGGAAAAUAUAACCAUUUUAAAAAGGAAUGAAGCCGACAUACUGUAUUAUUGGCACGACUUAUCAAACAUAAAUAUCACUAUUAAAAUAUAAGCAGUCGUAGUCGUUCGUGAAUUUGUUUUCGGAUGUGUGCAUCAAUACUAUUAAAACAGGAACUUGUCCUAUUGAUAAUAGUUGAGUCCAACUAUUUAUUCUAUUUAUUUAAAGAACUACUUAUUAUUAUUUUAUAUAACUGUAUCUAAUUAAUUAUUUUAUAAUUGUAUUAGAUUCUAUCCUGCCAUUUGAAAGGGCGGGUAUAUUUUUUGUUUUAAUUUUUUUUAGAAAUUUAAUUUUUAUGUUUUUUUAAUCAUAUAUGUGUAUACCAUUUUUAAAAAAAAUUAUUAGUAAGAAAUUUUGAUAAUUAUAUUGAAUUUGUAAUAUUUCAUCGUUGGCGUUUUACAAUGAUCAUAAAACACUAUAAAUUGUUUAAAAUACGGUUGCGGAUGGUUGUAGAUAAAUAAAUGUAAAAAUAUUUUUAAAAUUUUAAAAUUUAAAUUUUAUAAAUAAAAAUAUCAUAAAAUAUCUUAGAAUAUUAUGAAUUUUAUGAUUUUUUUUAUUUAUAGUCACUAACAGUAUUAUAAUUUAUAUUACAAAAAAAUAAAACCAAGAAUAUCCACUAUAAUUUGAAGUAUUAAUAUUUCUGUUGCUGAAGAUAUGUAAUUUAAAUAGUGUAAUCCAGUUUCUUAAGGUUAUUAGAUAUAUCAUAGUUUUCAUGUUUCCUAACGAUAUAAAAAAUACAAAGCCUAUAUUAAAGUUCAUAACCCAAUUUGGUUUAAACAAUUUAGGGGUUAGCUGUAUAAAUAUUAGGAAGAUAUGCUUUUUUGAAAAUAAUAAUAAUAUGAUGAUAUAGCAUUACAUACUAUAGAGGGUUGUAGACUUGUAAGAAAUGUAUGUUACGGAACUAAUGGCACUCGACAGUUUUACUUAUUAGCUAUUGUUAGUGGGUUCCUACUAUUAAGGAAUUAAAGUAGUGGUUACAAAAUAUAUAUUUAGAUACAGUUAAAAAUUAUUAUGGUUUAUUUUUGUAAGUAUAUAUUAUAGGCUUACUUUUUUGGACUAAACCUAUAUCAAUAGGUCAUGUUCCUAAUAUUCGUAACUCAAGUAUAUAUAGAGUAUACACAUAUAAUACAUUAUAUAUAAUUAUAUUAUUUUAUAAUAUAUAUAGUAUAUAUUCAGUGUAAAUAUAUGUGUAUUUGGUGAUAUUUUCAUGCUCAUAUACGGAGAUAAUAUUUACAAAUAUAUAACUUAUAAAAAUUGAUUAAUGUUAAUUUUGUCAACUUUAGUUGAUUAAUAUUUUAUUUUAUGUUUAUAAGUUUUAAAUGUAAUUUGUAUAUAUGAAAAGCAAAUAUAUGUAUAACUCAGCGACUGAAGAAGAAGAUAAGUCUGGACCAGAGACUUGCUUGUAUGUCAAGGUGAGCAUGGAAGGUGCUCCUUACUUGAGGAAAAUCGAUCUCAAGACUUAUAAGAGCUACGUUGAACUCUCUUCUGCUCUUGAGAAGAUGUUCAGUUGCUUCACUCUUGGUCAGUUUGGGUCUCAUGGAGGGUGUGGCAGAGAUGGGUUAAACGAGAGUCGCGUGACCGAUCUCUUGCGUGGUUCUGAGUAUGUUGUUGCCUAUGAAGAUAAAGACAGUGACUGGAUGCUGGUCGGUGAUGUCCCUUGGGAGAUGUUUAUAUGUUCGGAUGUUCCUGCCAGAGGUUGAGAAUCAUGAAGAGCUCUGAGGCCAUUUGGCUUAGCUCCGAGGGUAAUGGAGAAAUGCAGAAGCAGGAACUAGUAAGAAUUAUUCAUAUAAUGUAAUAGCCAUUUUGUUUUGAAGUAUUCUUGUGUGUUUGAUCUUUUCUUAAAACAGCGCCUCUACUAAGUCCUAAUAAGGCCUCUUCCUCUUUCUUCUGUCUCUAUUCAACAAAAUAGGUUUGUGUUUGUGCAUGUGUGUUUUUGCUAAGGAAAGACUUCAUUACUCAUAUGUAUAUAAUAAGUUGGUAUUGUGUAACCAAAUGAUUGUAUCUCAAUGAAACAACAGUGCAACAUCAUCAGUAACUCCUCACUAGAGAAAUGAUUCUUUUAGUUCACAGAGUUUAUGUUUAGUUCAAACCACUUAACAGGCGUUAUCACAGUUUCAUGUUAAAUGUAUAUUUAUCUAAUAGUACAAAACAUAAACCUCAGUUUCCUUCUCUUUACAACUUCUAUGUACAAAUCGAAACUU